GGGGAACAUCUAAGUAGUUUUGGCUUUCCAGUUGUGAAUCUUGAGACCUGCCUGAAGAGGCUUUUGGAUUUUUUUUUUUUUUUUGUCUGUAUUUCACAAAGACUCUCUACACUCUCUCUCAACACUGAACUUCCCAAUUCUCACAUAUCUACACCUUGGGCAGUUGUGUUGCUGGGUUAAAAAUAAUUUGAAGAAGUCACAUAAAUAAAAUGUGCAUUGUGACCUUAACUUUUAAUCCAUAAUUUCAAUAGGAUGUUUUGCCAUAAGUUGCAUACAUGACCCAUUGCAUUUCCUGACACCUGCACAUCUUAAACUCUGGAGGGAUUCAGGGAUGAUUUUUAUGUGGUGUGCUUGCUUUAUAAAUGCAAAGAAAAAAAAUAGACAUAAGUUGGUACAGAUGACCUGUAAUGGGCAUUUCUUGGGCCACGUGUUUUCGUCAAUGCUAUUUUGUCCCGAGUUUGAGCCUGAUCAAGCCUAUGAGCUUAGGUGCCAUUGUCCCCAUUUUGCAAGUGAGGAACGGAGGUACCGAGCCCUCGUGGCACAUAGUAUAUAUAUGGUGAAAGCUUGGUGUGCACAAGUUCUUACAACAUAUUUGUUCACUGUUCUCUUUUGUGCCAGGAUGUAUCCAUGGGCACUGGGAGAGCUUGCAUCCCAGAGGUGAGGAACUACAUAAUUCUCCAUAGCUGAUAAAUGCUGUUGAGAAAAGGGAGGGGAAGCUUAAAGCAUUUCUCUUGAGGAGGGAUGUCUGAACUGGAAUGGUUUUUUGGAUUCUCUUGAGAAAUGGCAGGGUGUAUGUUUUUUAGAUGUAUGUUUCCUGGAUGCUAGGAAUGUUCAGGAUAGAGAGUUUCAGUGAGAAAAGGUAAGUACUUUGUUAAACAUAACAGGUUACCUUAAAAACGUGAAAUUAUGAAGUUCAUACCAUCAAAUCCAAUUUAUUUGCAUCUACUGCUUUACCCUUUUCCACAUUCUUUCAUUCUCUGACCCCAGACAGUUUCUGCUUCCAGCCUGAGUUCCUUCCCCAGGAUGUGCCAAGACUUCCUAGUAGAUAAAAUGAGCAGAGGGGCCUCGCUGGCUCAGGUUCAAGGCUGUGUGGCCAGUUCAGAUCAACAGGCAUUUUAGUGCCUACUUGGUUGACCCAAGGAGACUCAGUUGUACACUCAGCUGCUGCCUCUUAACAAAAUUAAGGAGAUAAAUAGGGCAAAGAGGAAAGGAGAGAAGAAAAUGGCAUACUUAUGGGGAAGAAUUGAAAGUCCUGUUGAGUUACAUUCUUAACCACUCACCUGGUACAGGCGGGAAAAUAAUAAGAGCUAAGAUUUAGGCAUUUCUAAUGCCUUUAACUCCACUGGAGGGUAAUUAGUCCUCACAGUAAUUCUUGGAGAUGGAGGCAUCUAGUCCAUUCCUUCUCUUUCCUUCAGCAGAUUCAGAUGAAGUGACCUCAGGUACCAGCUAGUGAUGGCUUUUUUGUUUUAUUUGGAAACAGAUAAAAGAUACAUUGCUUUCCCCCCAUCCUGCUUCUGAGGUACUUCAGAAGUGCCUCAGGAGGCAAAAAUCCAGGGCAUUGCUCGCUGAGUUCAAAGCCCUUUUAGAUGUCUCUUGCUUGUUUGAGUUCACUUUAGAUGAGUCUAAGGAAAGCUAGGAAUCCCCUCCCGGGAACAUGCACUUGUGCACAAGCAUAAUAAUUUUAGUAUAAUUUUAGGCAAUUUGUGACCUCUUAUAACCCAUCCAAAGGUUGUAGGAAUCUGAAGCCCUCCGAUUUAGAAGUCUUGCUGGUGAAGAAGUUCUGUUGGGAAGCAUGGCACCCAAGCAUCAAAGCAGAGAGGCAGUUUCCCCUAUAUUUGAAAACAGAGGGACAUCUCAAGAACUCUCAUGUUGCUGAUUUUGCCUUCUUAUGACAUGUGAAUCAAGGAACACGGGAAGUAGUACGUCCCUCUGUCAAGGUGUAAAGGAAACCCAUGAUGCCCUGCUGAGAUGAAUGCAUGAUCUUUUCCUUUGUGCAGUUGUGGUGGUGGUGGUAGAUGGUCUCCCAGGUUGGCCCUGUGAACCACACCUUGGGUGAGUACAUCCUUGUAUAAACUCCUCCCAUAUUUGACCUGGGUUGGACUUGCUACUCUAAGCCAAUAGAAUGAAGUAUAAGUGAUGCUGUGCCAGCUCCAGGACCAACCCUUCAGAAGGCUUGGCAGAUUCUGUUUCUUGUACUCCUGGGAACCCUGAGCUACUGUGUAGAAAGUCCAGUUACCGAGGUGGUGAGACUGUGUGGAGAGACCAUGUGAGGAGGAGAGGCCCUGUGACUCCUGGCAGAGGGAGAGGCUCAACCUUCCCUCCUGCUGACUCCUGCCUGCCCUCUUGCCACCAUCUGCCUGGAACUGAAGAGAGGCCAGAAGAAGAAAUGCCCAGAUGAGCUCAGGCAAUCCACAGGAUUAAGAGGGAGAACCAUCCCCUAAGGAUUCUUGAACAUGUUACCCCAACAAGAACUUGGUCAGAAGGAGCACAGAAGGAACUGUGUUGUCAGAAGUACCCAGUGAGUGUUUGCAUGGAACCUCUGGCUGUAAAGGCUUGCUCACCCUCUAAGCCACUCCUGAAACCUGGGCUUCUUCCUGAAGACAGCAGAGCAUCUUCAGAAGGUCUCAGGCAAAAUGAGUGAAACUCCUUCCACUAGUUUUUCCAUGAUUUAUCCGACUUCUUCUGAAGGUCAACUUCCUUCUUCUCGCCAUUUGAGCGUCACUCAUCCUGUUGUAGCCAAAAGGAUCAGCUUUUACAAGAGCGGAGACCCACAAUUUGGUGGAGUCAGGGUGGUGGUCAACCCUCGUUCCUUUAAGACAUUUGAUGCUUUGCUGGAUAAUUUGUCAAGAAAGGUGCCGCUACCUUUCGGCGUGAGGAACAUCAGCACCCCUCGAGGAAGGCACAGCAUCACUAGCCUGGAGGACCUGGAGGAUGGUGAGUCUUACCUUUGCUCUCACGGCAGGAAGGUACAGCCGGUGGACUUGGACAAAGCCCGCCGGCGCCGGCGGCCCUGGCACAGCAGCCUGGCCAUCACUGCGCACGCGCACCGCUCCCCCGUCCCCGCCGCCGCUCCCGGCAUGCUGCGCGCCCCACGGAGGCUCGUGGUCUUCCGGAAUGGGGACCCGAAGACUCGGCGUGUGGUCGUUCUCACCAAGAGGGUCACCCAGAGCUUCGAGGCCUUUCUCCGGCACCUCACAGAGGUCAUGCAGCGCCCGGUUACCAGGCUGUACGCCACGGAUGGAAGGAAGGUUCCCAGUCUCCAGGCCGUGAUCCUGAGUUCUGGAGCUGUGGUGGCAGCGGGAAGGGAGCCAUUUAAACCAGGAAAUUAUGACAUCCAGAAGUACUUGCUUCCUGCUAGAUUACCAGGGAUCUCUCAUCGUGUGCACCCCAAGGGAAAUGCUAGGUCAGAAAGCAGAAAGAUGAGCACACAUAUGCCUUCAAGCCCAACGUCCCAGAAUUAUUCUGUUUCUUCUGACAAAAUACAUAAUAACUAUUGCUAUUCAGACAAUUCUUUUGCUCCUGAAAAUUACUUGGCCUUAGAAAAAAAUGAUUCUCAGAAUUUAUUGAUAUAUCCGUCUGAAGAUGAUAUUGAGAAAUCAAUUAUUUUUAAUCAAGAUGGUACUAUGACAGUUGAGAUGAAAGUUCAAUUCAAGAUAAAAGAGGAGGAAACUAUAAAAUGGACAACCACUGUCAGUAGAGCUGGUCUUUCUAAUAAUAAUGAAAAGAAUGAGAUAAGCAGUUUUCCAGGAAGAACAGAUGAUGGAUCAUCUGGUUUAAAGAUUGCAGGAGCAUUGUCUGCAGAUGUCUCACCUCUGAAGAAAGGCAAUAAUCAAGAGGGCAGUUUGGCGGAGGAAAUAAACACUCAAAUGACAGAUCAAGAGGCUGAAACUUUUAGUUCUGCUAGUUGGGAGAAUGCUAAUAUGGACACAGAUGCUAUCCAGGGAACUCAGGAUCAAGUGAAGCGUCAUUUUUAUAGGCCACCUACACCUGGACCAAGGAGAGUGAGACAAAAGAAGUCUGUGAUAGGGAGUGUGACCUUAGUAUCUGAAACUGAAGUUCAAGAGAAAACGAUUAGACAGUUUUCCUGUAGUAAAGAAAGGGAAGGUGGGGAAAACAAAUCUGAAUAUCGCAUGUUCACACAUUCUUGCAGUAAAAUGUCAUCAGUAUCUAACAAACCAGUACUUGUUCAGAUCAAUAGCAAUGAACAGAUGGAGUCAUCUUUAGAAAGAAAAAGGGAAAGCAAACUACUCAAGUCAAGUGGAGUAAGUGCUGGUGUUGUAGAAAUUACAACUCAAGAGAUGUUAGAGAUGUCCCAUAAUAAUGGCUUGCCACAGGCUAUAUCAGAAAACUCAAUUGUGGAGGAAGGUGUAGUUCAUAGUGUAACAUCAGACAACAAAACUAAUAUCAAAAAUUUCAAAACUUAUGGUGACACCAAUGAUAGGUUCAGUCCUAUUGUAGAAGAUGCAACUCAUGCUUCAGGUAACAACUCUGGGACUGGCAAAACUGUUUCUAAGGCUCCAAAACUAUUUGACACCCCAGCUUCAGUAGGCUCCUCUACUGUCACCACAAGAAUUGACAGACUAGUUAGUGAGUUUUCCCAGUGUGGUUUAACAAAACUUCCAGAAAAUGAAAAGCAGAUUUCAUCAUCUCUUACCAGCAAAAAGAAAAUGAAAUCUCAGCACCAAGUGACAGUUUCUAGGCAUCCGAAUGGGGAGAUUGCAACCAAAGGAAUCUCUAGCAAAAGUGAGAGAAAAAACACAGGAGGGAGAAUUGCACAGCAAACCAUAUUACAACAUACACACAAUCCCCUUAAAGGAGGGGUACUUUGUGAGGGAGACCUCCAUACAAGUGAUAUGGUAAUUGAAUCAAGUUAUUUUUGUUCCAAAAGUAAUCUCAAUCCUGUGAAUUCCAAGAAUUUCCAUAGAAAUAAAUUAAAUACUAUUCAGAAUCCUAACGUUCAAGGACUUUUAGCCAAAAGAAAAUCCAGACCAUUCAACAAAGUAAGCUUAGGAGGACCUACAAAAAGAGAAGUUGGUCAAGGAGAUAAGGUAUUUUCCCAUAAUGAAUUUAAAUAUUGCAAAAAGACUUUUGAAAAUAAAAAAUUAUUUCAUGUGUUUAACCUCCUUGAGGAGAAACCUAGUGCUUUUUGUGGACCACAGGCUCAAGCAGAAACGGCAUCAUGGUAUUUGAGAGGAAUGGCAAAGAAGAGUUUAGUUUCAAAAGUUGAUGGUUCACAUACAACUUUAAAAAGCCAGAAAAAGCAAAAAGGGGAUAAGUUGAAAUUAGGUACUCUUGUAAGUAAACAACAUGCUACAACCAGGGCGAAUUCCUUAGCAUCUUUGAAAAAAGCGUUUUUUCCUGAGGAUAUUGCCCAUCAUUCAGUUCAAAAUUAUAUACAGAGAUGGUUGCAGAACAUAAAUUCACAUUCAACCUUGCAACCUAGAAAAUCAGCUCCAAUAUGCAAAAGGGAAAGGAGUACGCUAAAUCUUAGCAACAGUAGUUUUCCAGGAAAUAAUUCCCACACAAGUUCUGGAAAAGGAAGUCAUUUUGCCGUGGAAGGUAAUAAGCACAUAACUAAAAAUGCCAGUUUGACAGGAGAUAAUCUAGGUGAAGAGAAAGGUAAAUCUGUUGACAAAGAUAACAGUGAAGAACUUACCAAAGAUCUCUGUGAUAGCCAAGUUGGCUCUCUGAAUGGUGCAUAUUUGCUUUCUAUGCAUAAAUAUUGUAGUUUGUCACAGUCAGCUCUUGAUGAUCAUAAUAGCAAAAGUCAGAUAUCAGCUGAAAAGUCAGGACCAGAGGUAAGCCUUGUUUACCAAGAAAUAAACCUAGCUACAAAAGGGCGAAGUGUGGAAGCUGCCAUUCAAGUAGAUCCUGUGGAAGAGGACAUUUCAAAAAACCUCUUACCAGUCAUGUUGCUUCACCAAAUGCAUGCUUUAGUUUCUAGUAUUCGCAAGACUCAGAAUGGAGUUGUUCAAAUUCCAGGUUCACUUGCAGAUGUUCCCUUUCCUUCCCCAAUAGGUAAUUCAUCCACUAAUAUUCUCCUAGCUUGGCUCCUGGUGCUAAACCUAAAGGGAAGUAUGCAUAGCUUCUGUCAAGGUGAUGCUCACAAGACUACCAGCAGAACUUCAGAAUUACUUGUGGUGUUGGAGGUUCUGAAGCAUAUUGCCAUCACAGAAAAGGCUGAUGACUUGAAGGCUGCUGUUGCCAAUUUAGUGGAGUCAAUCACGAAUCACUUUGGACUCACUGAGAAAGAACAAGAUGUGGUUCCACUAGAUCCUUCUGCAAAUUGUUCCACACCCAACGUUCAGAGAGUUCCUAAGUGCAUUGAAAAUGAAAAAAUGCAAAAAGUAUAUUCUUUAGAUGGAAGCAACUUUGCCAGUGAGGAUUGUGCCCCUGAAGUGUGUGUUUCAGAGGUGACUUGCUCUCCAUGUGAGAUGUGCAUUGUGAAUAAGACUUACCCUCCAAAAGAGACUUGUAACCCCAUUGACACUUUUUUCCCUACUGAUGGCUGUGCCAUGGAUCAGAGCUCCAUGAAUAAGGCAUGUUUCCUAGGAGAGGUUUGUUCGCUUAGUGAUGAUGUAUCAUCCCAUAAAACUUGUGCUCAUGAGGAAAACCAUCUCUGUGAAGCAGCUUGCCCAAUUGAUGAGGCCUACAUUCCCAUCAAAGUCUGCAAUAACAAUAACUUUUUAAAUUCCGAAGAAAGCACAUAUACUGAUAAUUUAGAAUUGACUGGAGAGUUAGAAAGAGUUAAUGAAGUUCAGAAAGACUUAAAUAUUUUGGUGUCACAUCAAAAUACCAGUAGUUUAAGCCAUUGUGACUUUUUCCUAAGUGCAAGUGAAUCAGAAUUUGAUAAGGAACAUAGUUCUCCAGAUGAAUUUCAAAAUUGUUUAUUAAAGAAAUUUCAGGAUAAAAAUGCAUAUACAUCUUCUGAGAAGGAAGAAUCAAAGACUUCUGAAGAACCAGACUCAAUAACCAACAGCAUGACAUCAAGUGAAAGAAAUGUUUCAGAGUUGGAAUCUUUUGAAGAAUUAGAAAACCAGGGCACUGAUAUCUUUAAUACAAACGUAAAUACAGGAGAGCAAGCCACUGAAGAAUCAAUCCAAAAAGAGUUAGAGGCUAGUAAAAGUUUGGAAUUGGUAGACGUCUCUAGCAGGAACAUUAUAGAAGAAGAGAAAAAGAAUGGUGUGAUUUGUGAGACAAUAAGUAGGAGCCUGGCAACACCACCAUCUUUAGUGUUUUGCUAUGAUUCUAAGCAAAAUAUUGAAAAGGAACUCAAUGAAGGAGAAGCUAAAAUAAGAGUAAAAAUGAUGGCAAAAAGCAUGGAAAUUGGAAGUUAUUCAGAGUCCUCUCUCGAUUUUAAAAACUGCUUUAAAAGUCCAGUGACUUCUGAUUGGUCAGACUAUAGACAAGAUAGUGAGAAUGAGCAGUCAUAUAAAACAUCCAGUGAUAGCCCCAAUGACAGUGGUGAGGUGAUUGCUCAAGAGAAAGAAUACAAUAAAGGAGUUGUUAAAAGGACAAUAGAAAAACUUUAUGGUAAAGCAGAGAUUAUUAAACCCUCUUUUUUUUCUGGGUCUUCACAUAGAUCUCAGGUUUGUCCUUACAAUUCUAUGGAAUUUCAGUGUGCUGGGAAAGCAGGUCUUCAUGAUUCUGAAGCUCGGUCGUUUGGCUCUUCUGUACAGGUAUCUAAUAGUUCAUCUGUGUUGCAAGAAUUUCAGCAGGAAAGACAAGAUAAAUGUGACUUUAAUGAUGUGAGGGCCCAUUAUGAUGGGCGAGACAUUGUAGAACAUGGUACAAAACAAAAUGAUCAUAACAGAGUCCUCAGAGACAUAGAGGAAGGAGUACUGAUUGACAAAGGCAAAUGGCUGCUGAAAGAAAAUCAUUUGCUGAGAGUAUCAUCUGAAAAUUUUGGCAUAUAUGGCAAUGCAGACACCACAUCAGUGGAUACUCUACCUGAUAAUAACAGCAAUGAGGUACCAUAUUCACAUUUUGGAAAUUUGGCUCCAGGCCCAAACAUGGCUGAAUUAUCCUCUUCAGAAUUGGAGGAACUGACUCAACCCCUUGAACUGAAAUGCAAUUAUUUUAACAUGCCUCAUUGUAGUGAUUCUGAGCCUUUUCAUGAGGAUUUGCUAGAUGUUCAAAAUAAAACUUCUGCCGAGGAGAGAAUGCCAAAUCACCAUGCAGAGGAUAAGGGUAAUCAUCGGUCAGAAAGAGUAUGCACAUCUGUCGCUCAUGUCUUUACGACUGCUGGUAACAAAGUCCAUCCUGUCUCUGAUGAUACUAUCAAAAACCAACCAUUGCCUGGUAAUAAUGUGAGUCAUGGUGGUGCACUUCAGGAAGGUGACUCUUUGGAUAAACUCUAUUUUAUUUGUGGCCAACAUUGCCCAAUACUAACUGUUAUUAUCCAGCCUAUAAAUGAGAAAGACCGAGGAUUUGCAUAUUGUAAAGAUUCUGAUAUUGAAAAUUACUUGAGUUUCCAUUUAUGGAUGAAAAUACACCCAUAUUUACGAAAGUCAAACAAGAACAUGUUCAGAGAUGAGAACAAUAAAGCAAGUAGGAGAAACACAUUUAUUGAUAAUGCCAUUAGCAAUACAUUUCAUUGGCUUUAUUUCAAUAACAUGAAAAAAAGAGAAAAGUUAAAAAGAAUUAACAUCGUGGACUUAGAAGAAGAAAAUAAUUUAAAGAAAUUUCAAUCAUAUGUGAAGAAAAGGUUUUGUGUGAAUUUGUUGCACACGUUGUUAGCUGUGGGUGACGUAAAUUCAAAUACACAAGACCUUAGGAAUCAGACAAAUGAAAUCUUUGAAGUAGUUGAUGAGAAUAACAACUUAUUAAAUAAUAGAUUCCAGAACUCAAGAACGAAUCUCAACCAAGCAGUAAGAGAAAAUAACUAUCAUUUCUCCUCUGAAAUGCUUGGUCAAGCCUGCCUAUUUUGCCAAGUUGAGACAUCCUUAAAUACUAGCAACAGAAAUACUUUAGAAAUAUUUUAUGUUUUUGAGGGUGAAAAUCUUUUCAUUUGGGAAGAGGAAAACCAAUUAAAUUUAACUGAUCUUGAAAGCAGUAAUGAACAAGAUUUAUAAUUUCAAAAUCAGAGCAGCCUUUCUUCAUCAAUGUGUUUUUUCCUCAUACUAAAGUGAAGCACGUGGGAUGGAUAUGGACUAGAUAACUUCUAAGUAUUUCCCACUUCUUCAAAACGAGUUUAUCCUGCAAAGCUUGCUCUUAGAUAAUCCGAUUUGACUUUCAUCAUUCCUCUUUUCUUCAUUUUUCUGACAAUUUCAGACUCAGUUUCUGUUCUGUUUGGAAGUUUCUAUUUUUUUUUUUCCUGAACAUAUACAAUUUCCUGUAUCUAUUAUUUUUCUCCUGGGACAGCAUAAAUGCCCUAAGGACAAGAAUUAUAUAUGUAUAUUUUGUCUGUUGUAUGUUAUCAGUUCAAUGCAAAAUGUAUGUUGAAUGUAUUGAUAAAUAAGUGGAAUAGACAUAGCCUCAAAGUACUUCAUUUAUUAAUUUUAAAUACUAAUUUGAAAGAAGUAUGAUUGUAAGAUCUUCACAACAAUCUCUUAAAGUUCUUGUGCCAAAUGUGUUGAGUUUAGUUUCCUCAGAACAUCUGUCUAAGAAACUUGCAAAAGUUUCCAUGGGACAGAUUAACCAUUUUCUCUCAUGAUUAGAAAAGUAUGCUCUCCUAGUAAGUUGCCUCUCCAGUACUUUGUCUAGAAAUUAUAAUCUUUUAAACAUUAGUACAAUGUCAAGAAAUCCAAAUUGGUCAGAAAAAUAUAGGGGAAAAAUUUAAGGCAUGCUCUGUGAGGAAAAUGAAUGGAGCUGGAAUGAUCCAACUUGGAAAAGAAAAGAGAAAGGUGACCUUAAAAUUCUCAAAUUGAAAAAGAACUGCUGUGAAGAGGAACUUGACAGAUUUCUUUCUGUGUUCACCUACAUUAAUGAAAAAUUUAAUUGGAUAUAAAUAAAGACAUGUUGCCUAUGAGGAUAAAUAAAUUUUAUUAGACUAUGAACCGUAAA